GUUCCCCAGAGAGAGAAAACACCCCUUGGAUUGUUUUAUAUUUUCUUCCAAAUCAUGGAUAAAGAUAUCGAAAAGCAUCAGGUCAAGAACAGUUCCCUGUUAAGACCCCUGCAGAAACACCCCCACUAUUCUCCAUUCACCGUUACAUUUUAGCUCUAGCAGGCCCAUCUCAGCCAUGAGGAGCAGCAGUGCCUGGGCAUGGCAGGAACUGCUGGCCCUGCUCUGCAGCGUCUGGCUCUGGGUGUGUGCUGCUCAGCACACCGGGCCCACGCCCACAGUGCAGAGCCAGGGCCCCAAACUGAAGUUCCGCCUGGCUGGGUACCCCCGCAAGCACAACGAGGGGCGCAUCGAGGUCUUCUACAAUGAGGAGUGGGGCACCAUCUGUGACGACGACUUCACGCUGGCCAACGCCCACGUGCUGUGCCGCCACCUUGGCUUCGUGGCCGCCACCGGCUGGGCCCACAGCGCCAAAUAUGGCAAAGGCAUUGGGCGGGUCUGGCUGGACAAUGUGAACUGUGGGGGCAGCGAGAAGAGCAUUGCAGACUGCAAGUCUCGGGGCUGGGGAAACAGUGACUGCAGCCACGAGGAGGACGCUGGCGUGAUCUGCAAGGACGAGCACAUCCCGGGCUAUGUGGACUCCAACGUCAUCGAGGCUGAGCAGAACCAGGUGGAGGAGCUCAGGCUGCGGCCUGUGGUCUCAGGUGCCAGGAAGCGGCUGCCGGUGACAGAGGGUGUGGUGGAGGUGCGCUACAAGGAGGGCUGGGCGCAGAUCUGCGAUGAGGGCUGGAAUCCCAAGAACAAUCGCGUGGUCUGCGGGAUGAUGGGCUUCCCGGCCGAGAAGAAGGUCAACAGGAACUUCUACAAGUUGUACCUGGAACGGCAGCAGCUCAGCUACCGGCUGCACUCGGUGGCCUGCACGGGGAAUGAGGUGCACAUUUCCAUGUGCCCCUUCGAAUUCUACAAGGGCAACGCCACUGCGGCCUGCAAAGGCGGGAUGCCCGCUGUGGUGAGCUGCAUGCCAGGGCCCCUCUUCACCACUGGCAGUUCCCCAAAGAAGAAGAAGCAGCAGCGGCAGCAGCAGCAGGGCCAGCAGCGCAUCCGGCUGAAGGGUGGUGCCAAGGCCGGGGAAGGCCGGGUUGAGGUGCUGAAGAACAGUGAGUGGGGCACCGUCUGCGAUGACCGCUGGAACCUGCUGACAGCCAGUGUGGUGUGCCGUGAGCUGGGGUUCGGCAGUGCCAAGGAGGCUUUGACGGGAGCACGCAUGGGCCAAGGGAUGGGGCCCAUCCACAUGAACGAGGUGCAGUGCACAGGCUUGGAGAUGUCACUGUGGAGCUGCCCCUAUAAGAAUAUCACGGCAGAGGACUGCAAGCACUCCGAGGACGCUGGGGUCCGUUGCAACAUCCCCUACAUGGGCUACGAGACCACGAUUCGCCUGAGCGGGGGCCGGAGCCGCUUCGAGGGGCGGGUUGAGGUGGCGCUGGGCACUGGGAGCAGUGGUGGCCCUGCCUGGGGCCUGAUCUGUGGCGAUGGCUGGGGCACCUUGGAGGCCAUGGUGGCUUGUCGCCAGCUGGGCCUGGGAUUCGCUAACCAUGGCUUACAAGAGACGUGGUACUGGGAUGCCAGCAACGUGACAGAGAUGGUGCUGAGCGGUGUGAGGUGUGCUGGCCACGAGAUGGCACUGAGCCACUGCCAGCACCACGGAAACAGCCUCAACUGCAAGAGGACGGACACCCGCUUCGCCGCCGGGGUCAUCUGCUCCGAGACUGCCUCGGACCUGCUGCUGCACGCCCCGCUGGUCCAGGAAACGGCCUACAUUGAGGACCGGCCCCUGCACAUGCUGUACUGUGCCGCGGAGGAGAACUGCCUCUCCAGCACUGCCCGCAACGCCAACUGGCCCUACGGGCAUCGCCGCCUGCUGCGCUUCUCCUCCCAGAUCCACAACAACGGCCGCGCCGACUUCCGCCCCAAGGCUGGGCGCCACUCCUGGGUCUGGCACGAAUGCCAUAGGCACUAUCACAGCAUGGACAUCUUCACCCACUACGACCUCCUGACCCCCAAUGGCACCAAGGUGGCCGAGGGCCACAAGGCCAGUUUCUGCCUGGAGGACACGGAGUGCCAGGAAGACGUGGCCAAGCGGUACGAGUGUGCAAACUUCGGAGAGCAGGGCAUUACCGUGGGCUGCUGGGACCUGUACAGGCACGACAUUGACUGCCAGUGGAUCGAUAUUACUGACGUCCGGCCCGGCAACUACAUCCUGCAGGUGGUGAUUAACCCCAACUACGAGGUGGCCGAGAGCGACUUCACCAACAACGCCAUGAAGUGCAACUGCAAAUACGACGGGCAUCGCAUCUGGGUGCACAACUGCCAUAUCGGUGACGCCUUCAGCGAAGAGGCCAACAAGCGGUUUGAACAGUACCCAGGACAGCUCAACAACCAGAUCGUAUAGUUACCCCUCUCCCCCCCACAGCCCCCGGAGAGGCCGUCUCCCCCCACCGCCCCAAUGCACGGCCGGGUGCUCCAAGGGGGAAGCCGUUUGUCCCGGGGCAAUGCCACGUCCUGGGCUGGCAGCAGGCUGGCUUGCAGGGCUCUGUGCCCAGGGGCAGCCUCUGGCCCAGCCUGGCUGUGGAGUUCUCGGGAAUCUCUGAUCUCAGGCAGGAUUUUACUGGGCUGAUGUGGGCACUACCUUCUUGUCUGGCCACGCAGGGCCCCACAGGAGGUAGGCUCUGGGCACUGCGCCCCACGGCACCCAGCCCUGCUCAGGACUUCUACCAUGGGGCAGUAUAGGGGCUUCUGCACCUCGGCAUGGGGCUGAG